ACAGAGGCUGAGCAGAUUUGUAGACUUUUUGUGCAUGUGGACCUCCGAGGCGAUUCCAGUGUAGCUGCAGUCACCUCAUGCAUAGUCAAGCAAGAGAAUCGCCAAACUCCAUAGAAACACGCAGCCCCCAUCUCUGCUGCUAAUUGUAUGUGUGGAGCGGACUGAGGAACGUGCAGGGCAGCUGGGCUCAGGAACAGAAGCCUGCCUGAGCUCUCCAUCAGCCUCCUUGCAGUGAUAGUUAUUGUAUGUGGACUGGCCCUGGUGGCAGUUUUUCUCUUUCUCUUUUGGAAGCUGUGUUGGGUGCCCUGGAGGAAUAAGGCUAUUUCAACUAACACCCCCACCUCCCAGUUUUCGGCAGAACACGAGAAAGAGAUCAUGGCUGACAAGCUAAAGGACACAGGCACCCUUGGUUUCUUGGAGGCAGCUGUGAAAAUCAGUCACACAUCACCAGAUAUUCCAGCAGAGGUCCAGAUGUCCAUGAAAGACCACCUCAUGAGGCGCACACGGAUGCAGAGGCAAACAACAGAACCUGCAUCUUCCACCAGGCACAUUUCUUUCAAGAGGCACCUGCCCAGGCAAAUGCAUGUCUCCAGUGUGGAUUACGGCACAGAACCACCACCAGUGGCAGAGCAGCCAACUUGCAUUGGUCGGAUCAAGCCAGAACUGUACAAGCAGAAAUCUGUAGACUCUGAGGACCCCAAGAAAGAGGAAGAAAAAACCUGUGGGAAAAUAAAUUUUGCUUUGAAAUAUGAUUAUGAGAAUGAGACACUGAUUGUGCGGAUCCUCAAAGCUUUUGACUUGCCGGCCAAGGACCUCUGCGGCAGCUCUGAUCCUUAUGUCAAGAUCUACCUCCUGCCUGACAGGAAGCGCAAAUUCCAGACGCGUGUACAUAGGAAAACUCUCAAUCCCACGUUUGAUGAGUACUUUCAGUUUCCUGUCCCCUACGAGGAGUUAACCAAUAGGAAGCUCCACCUUAGUGUCUUUGACUUUGACAGGUUUUCCCGGCAUGACAUGAUUGGGGAGGUGAUCUUAGAGAACCUCUUUGAGGCCUCGGAUCUUUCUCGGGAGACCUCCAUCUGGAAAGAUAUUCAGUACGCCACAACUGAAAGUGUGGACCUGGGAGAGAUCAUGUUUUCCCUUUGUUAUCUGCCAACUGCAGGUCGUCUCACUUUAACAGUCAUUAAAUGCAGGAAUCUUAAAGCAAUGGAUAUCACUGGCUACUCAGAUCCUUAUGUCAAAGUGUCUUUGCUCUGUGAUGGGAGGAGACUGAAGAAGAAGAAAACCACCAUAAAGAGAAACACACUUAACCCUACAUACAAUGAGGCAAUAAUCUUUGACAUCCCUCCAGAGAGCAUGGAUCAAGUCAGCCUGCUUAUCUCUGUUAUGGAUUAUGACCGAGUUGGCCAUAAUGAGAUUAUUGGGGUUUGUCGUGUGGCAAAUAGUGCUGAGGGCCUAGGCCGGGACCACUGGAAUGAAAUGCUGGCUUAUCCACGCAAACCCAUUGCACACUGGCACCCUUUGGUGGAAGUGAAGAAGUCCUUCAAGGAGCAAAAUCCAGCACCUGUUGGGAGUGUCCCCAAGGCAGUGAUCCCAGUAGCAGAGUCAUUCCACUCCUUUUCUCCUCUGAUGUCUCAUUCGAAACAUUCCAAGUGGCAUGGCCGAGCAGCCAGCUUUGACAGCCAAGGCUCCUGUCCCUCUCCCAAGCCCCCUUCAACACCGUGAUACAUCAAGUGGUGACUCCAUCUAGACUCAACCAUGUUCUUUCAUUUUGUUUUGGGUUUUUUCGCACGUGACCUGAAUUCUAAGCAACCUGUUGCUGAAUAACCGCAGAACUGGACAGCCAACACUGAGACGACUUGUUUCUGCAGUGGCAAAGGCAGCAAAACUGUUUUGUGGUCCGAUAUAUCUUUGUUAUUUAUGUCUCUCAAGGUGAUAUUCUCUGUGGUUUUCACUUUAUGGACAAGGUUGCCUGGACCAAUGAAGGACAAAUGAGGCAUAGGCUGGAACUGUGGUCUGUAAAAUAACAUGUAAAAUAGCUAUUUGCGUAAGUAUGGACAAGUAGCAGGGAAGCCCUGACCUUCUGCCCCUAACCACACAGAUUUAAGAAGCAAAACAUGGAAAAGAUGAGAAUUAAAAACAAGUUGGCCUUGAUUAGACUCCUUGUGACAUGUGAAGAACACCCUUUUGUUAUUGUG